GACGCAUAUGAACGUCGUGGCCCUCGUGGGUGGUUAAAAUGGAGCAUCUUCGCGUCUUCAUCGAAGGAAUACUGAUCCAGUCUGGUUUGGCCCCUUAAUGCCCUUUAAUAAACAGGCAGAUUUUAUCUUCGAAGUCCUUCACAAACCCUAGAAAAGGGGAAAGGCUCCAUUCGAAAUUUGUUUGUAUUGGUCGUAAGAUAACUCAUGGAGAGGAAUGUAAUCAAGAAAUCUCGUGUUCAUUCUCCUAAUGGUAUUACUAGCGAGCAGUGGCGAACCAAGAUCUAGCACGAGUGGGUGCAAAAUAAAGGAAAAGUUUGCUUGUACUCCACAUAUAUAUCUAUGAAAUAUAUUUCAAAAAGGGAGUGACUGCAAUUGCAGUCAUUUGGUCCCAUGUGGCUCCGCCACUGCUAGCGAGGAAGGCCUCGUGGAGAAACUUCCUGUUGAGAUUAUUGGAGAGAUAUUGUCUCGCGUAGGAGUUGCAAAAGAUGUGAUCAGAGCUUCUCUAACUCGUCGCAAGUGGCGAGAUGCUUUUCGCAAGCACCUUCACACACUUUCCUUUGAUGUUUCUGAUGGUGUUCAUGUCUACCACGAACUCCCUACUGCUGACUUGGAAGUGUUGAUCACAAAGACCUUAUUUCAAACAACUGGUGUGCGAAAACUAUCAAUUGUGACUUACAGGCACGAGGUUUCAGCUGUUGCAGCUUUGGGCUGGUUAAUGUUCACUAGAGAAACAUUGUCGGAGUUGUUUUAUAGUGUUAUCACUUCUCCCACUAUUAGUGUUCUUGAUAUAUGCGGGAGGCGGAAACUCAAAACCUUGAGUUUAUAUGAAGAAACAAUUAUCGGGGUUGCACCAGUCUUCCAUCGAUUCCCCUGUUUGACAUCACUUUGUCUAAAUCAUUGCCGUACUUCCGAAGAGGAUUUAAACCGGCUCCUUCUGGCUCUUCCCAAGCUUGAGUGUUUGGAACUACGUAACCCCGAAUUUCGAGUCGAGGAUGACUUUUUUCAUGAAGAAGUAACAGUCAAAUUGCAUUUACCCACAUUAAAGACUCUUCUUUUCAUUGGUGUCAUUGUAUUUGAACUUAUUUUGGAGACCUGUGAUGUUGGAUAUUUGCAUGUGAACGACUCUUGUUUUGGUAUAUUUAAGGUCCAUGGAAGUAUAAAUAUGAGGCACCUCAGGAUUUCUAAAUCGCAUUUUACACUUCUUGAAAUUAAAGAGGGUGACAAUCUAGAGAGUUUAGAAUUCAUCAACAGUCAUGUCGUUCAGUCAAAUUUGUUCCCGAUGAAGGUUCAAGCACCAAAGUUGAAGAUGUUUCGAAUUUGGCGUUUUAUUGGGGAACGCAUGAGAUUUUACGGAGAUGCUACAAUAAUUAUUGAUGGGUCCGAACUAGUUGUGGAUUUAGACCAAAUUGCUGUUUGUUCGCCCCAGCUCAACCAUCUUUCAAUACUCCAUGAUGUAAAUGAGCCUGUCAACUGUAACUUUAAAGGGUUGUCCCUCUUGGAGAAUGUGGUCAUCUUGGAUGUUGGAUGGGAAUGUUUUAAUUGGGAUGGUAUUGUUGACUUCACGGAAUGGACAGAGAAGGUGCUGAAGUGCUGUCCAAAUCUUAGGAAGUUGAUUGUCCAUGGAAAGGUUCUAAAAUCGGAAGAUCCCGAGUAUUUGAAGAAUCUUGCAGAGCACACCUCAACAAUGUCUGAAAUGUUGAGUAAGUAUCCACAUAUAGAAGUGAUGUUUACAUACAAUGUUGAGACCUUGCAGAACACACCUCAUCGGUAUGGCUUCGGAGGCGACUGGUGAUUGUCCCAAAUGAUUGGAAGUAUCCGCAUUUCGACGUAUAACUCAAAGCUGAUUUGGAGAUUGCUGCUGCCAACCAAACCCAUCAGGUCCAAUUUGCAUAUUAAAGCAGGCGAGAGAGAGAUGGAUUUGAUACAUUCUCAAAGUUGACAAUGGUGAAGUCGGAUGGCUGAUAACAAAAGAGAUUAGUAUCUUGAAAAUUGAGUAAUGGGAUAGGAUCAAAAUGAUAACUCUGUCCAUAGACAAUGAUUUAAUUCCUACAAUAAAAAACAACAUACGAAGAGAUAACACCAUUUUCUUCUUUUAAUUUCAAGUUAUUUAUAUUUAAAUAAUGCUUAUAAGAUUUU